AUGGUUACAAAAGAAGCAGCUAUGUCUUUCUCGCAGUUUGGAUACCCUUACAAUGCAACUUCACAGUUUUUCGUGUCGGCAAACCCCAGUACGACUUGCUGCGAUUCGAUUUCCAGGUCGGUCACUGACGGCACGGGCGGCUCCCAGACCGCCGCCUCGUUCUGCUGCCCGUCCUACGAGAACCGCCUGCUGGCCAGCACGCGGACGGAGCUCAACGCCGCGCUGGGCAUGUACGGCUCGCCGUACGCCGCGGCGGCCGCCGCCAGCCAGAACUACGCCAACUACUUCCCCUACGGCACCGACCCGUCCGCGCUCUACUCCACGCUGAAUCCACAGUAUGACAUUAAGGAUGGUACAGGCACGCUGCACUCUGGCAUCACCCAGACCGCUGCAUACUAUCCUUAUGACCAUUCCCUGGGCCAGUAUCAGUAUGACAGGUAUGGGACCGUAGACUUUAAUGGCACAGCUCGAAGAAAGAACGCCACCCGAGAGACCACCAGCACUCUGAAAACAUGGCUGUACGAGCACCGCAAGAACCCCUACCCCACCAAGGGGGAGAAGAUCAUGCUGGCCAUCAUCACCAAAAUGACCCUCACCCAAGUGUCCACCUGGUUCGCCAACGCCAGGCGGAGGCUAAAGAAGGAGAACAAGAUGACCUGGUCACCAAAGAAUAAGACUGGUGAUGACAGAAAGGAUGACCUCAACAAGAGCGACCAAGACUGCGUCACCAAAGAUUCCAGCGAUUGCAAAGACGAGAAGGAUCUGCGUCUGAGUGAUUUAGAGGAUAUGGAGGAGGAGGAGUGUGACAAGCUGGAAAGCGACUGUGAGAAAGUGGCCCCGGAUGAGCAGGAGCUCCACAGGGCUAUGGCCGUAUCAGGAGCCGCUCCAAAGAGGGAUUGCAGCUCCGAGCUGCACCUGAGCUUGGCUAACAGCUUCCACCCUUUCCCCUGCACCAUCAAGAGCGUGGCCAGUCUGCCUCCUCUCCCCUCUGACUUUUUGGAUCCAGUGGUUUCCAAGCCCCCCUCAUCUACCGUCCCCACUGGAACCGUGUCCCUGUCCCAUUUUGAGACAUCAGACAAGCCCCGGAUCUGGUCCCUGGCUCGUACCGCGGCCUCAGGUGUCAUAUUGAGCCCUCAAAAUGGCUCCGAACUGAGGACAGGAAACUUAGCCGGCGAUUGCCAGCUCCAGGGCAUCAGGCUCCCUAUGGCCCCCACCGGACAUUGUGGAGGCAUCAGGAGCCUCAACGAACCUAGCAAUGUGAGCAACGCUGAGAACCCCUUCCAGGAGGGCCCGUCCUUGCACUCUAAAGUUUACAGUAGUGGCAGCUACAGCCAUAAGGGCCUCCAACUGCACUGUUCCUCCUAUCCUGCACUCCCCGACACAUGCCAGUUCUCCACCACCGAAGGAUUCUCUAGCGGCAAGGCAGAGACAGAGUCGUCAGACCUCAGUGAAGCCUGUGGUACCCUACAGGAUGACAAGGUCACUGCAUUCAGACCGGUGAUGAAGAGGUGA